UCAUUGCCGUGAUUCAGGUCGGGCGAUGGGGUCGCAAUGGCCGCGACACAAUCCGAGCAAACGGAAUCUCGUGUACAGAAUCAGUUAAUCUGUGCAUUCAAGAGGGCCUCACCAAUUGCUCACGCGCUCGAUGGCUUCAAGGAGAAUGAAUUGCUGCAUUGAGUUCCGAGACUGCUGCGAAUAGACCUUGUUGAAGCAGCAGCUGCACAAGCGGAUUUUCCCACUCACAGCGAACGCCGCACAAUUUCAAUUGGUUUGAGCUCGUUGCGAUCCCGGUCGCGUAAUUCUCAACCACGGAGAGAACCCAUGUCACGAAAUUGAUCUCUUGGACGCUUAUUCCUGUGCAAUGAUAAGAAUUCCAUAAAUAGGAAACAAACAAAUAGAGUGAGUAUGUUGCGGAGAAAUGCCACAUAUUCUGACUUGUCGACGUGGUGUUAAUCUAAAGUGCCAUAUGAGGUGUGAAUCUCGUUCAGACGUUCAGCUGGUCGAAUCCAAGGUACACUUAGGGGAGAGCAUUCGGGAAUUACUGUCUAGGGUGCGCAUAUUUUCAGUCGAAGUUCGAUGCUGUCCCUCGUAGCUAGCACACAUAUGAGUCACCUUACAAUUGUUGGUGUUCUGGGUCCAGGAAUUCGGUGCUGGUCGCUUGGAUUCGAGCAUUUCCUAAUUGUCGUGUCGUUGUAGGUAUUUUUUUGUCGCCUAGGUUCAUCGCAAUUCUGAAGUAGAGGACGAGGUUCUGGAGUUUGACUAAGAGGUGCGCUGAUGUUGAGACAACGGUCUGUUGGGUAACCAAGUUUCGUACAUGAAUGCGGGAGCGUGUGGUCUCUUUGUGACCCGACAUGACAGGUCCUGAUUUCCUCUCGCGGCUCUCGCAAGCAUUUAUUCAGCGGUGCAAUUAUAGCAGUGAUAAUCGGAACGUGCAUUCGAGAAUGUCGUUGGAGUCUGCCUACCGUGCACUCGAGUUGGAGCCGGGGUCAAGCAUGGAUGAUGUUAAAGCUGCGUAUCGUCGGCUUGCCCUCAGAUGUCACCCUGAUUUAAACAACAAGGAUGGUGCAGAGUUUCUGCGUAUUUCAGCAGCUUAUCAGAGGCUUCUGAACAAAAACAUCAUCAUUGAUGCUCCCAGAUCGCCUAGGACUCAUUAUAAGUCCCAUGUGCGCGCUUAUCCAGAUCGCUCUGCAGGACCUGUUAGACCGUUCAAUCAAACAGCGGUGACGCUCUGGGGACUAGGACUAUCAAUGGGCUGCGUGUUGUUUGGAACCAUAUUAUUAUGGAAUCGUGUAGAAUCGACAGGAGUUCCCAUAAAAGGACCUUCUAGGGUUAUUGAGCCUACCUCAAACGCCAUUAAACGAGAGCGCAUUUCAGCUUUGCUUUUGGAGAAAUCGAAACGUCCGAAAGAUAGUGAAGAGUGAAAGCUAGUGCUUAAUCUCACUGUGCUCAGGAUCUGACGCUUGGAUCAUGGUAGUGUCAUAUUCAAGCCGAGUGUUUCCGACAAUUUGGUGUUGAGUAUGCACGGUCAGCUUUCUCCGUAGCCCUUAUUCACUUGCUGAUAUAAUCACGCAAACAUCUCUCAACUACGCUCUUGGUUGUCUUCGACCACCUGAAGUAUAGAGAGUUAUUACGCAUUUUUGCUGUAAGGUUCCCAACUUUCAUAAACGUCUGAGUGGGAUCUUGUCGAAACCCUGAUGGGCUUUCGAAUAAUUCAUUUAUUUAGAUUAGUCCAUACAUCACUUGUUAAUACUACUUCUUCGUCAUAGAACAGAUGGCUGUGGACAGUAACAUACAAUUUCGGAGGCUUCAUGGCAAGUUCUACGGCAUUGAAGCAGAUUCGAGUAUAAGAUAAUCGGGAGUCGAUAGCUGUUAAUAUGAGCUGCCUAGUGAAGCUAAGGGUCAUCAUAGUGCGCCACGGAACUUGUUACGAAGAUGGCAUGCAGGUAUGCUGCCAGACAUCACCACUAUCAUUUUGCGCUGAGGACUUGUGUUCAGUUAAGCGGAAAGGUUGCGUAGAAAGCCCAUAAUGCCUAAAGGAUGCACAUCUAGAAUUGUUUUGUAGGCAUGCAGAGACCAAGCCGUGUAGUUCAUGUUUAGAGUUCAUCAUAAUGUGUGACAUCUGGUACUUGUUUCGUUUGUCUGCUUUCGGUUAGUUCACACCUCAUUCCUUCCAGUCUCCUCAUGUGUUACUCAAUGCUGAUGAAGGUGUUUUAUAUCUGAAUUGCCUGGUAUACAGGUCUAAUAGCCAAUCUGCAUUACUUGGGUGUAGUGGGAGUGGUGGGUGGUUGGAAAGCUUUAUAACAGUGAACUUAAUUUCUACCGUGGAUGUAGAGCCAUUAUACCCUUGAGAUGUCAAGUUGGUUUUCAAUGACAUCACUCUGUAUUUGUAACCAUGAAUGAUGUAAAAUUGAAGUCUAAAUUGCCGACGGUACUCUAUCCAACUUGAUCUA